AUGAGAUGCUUCUGUGGCCAGAACGACCCUCACGUCCUUUGGCCACGCGAUGGAGCAACAUAUGAACUCAAUUAUUGGCCAUCUCAAGUUCUAGUGCGAGGCGUGCGACAGUACUUUUGCGGUCUUCCUCUUCCGAGGGUUGUGUUGGGGCUAGCGGAAACCUGCAGCCGAGCCGAGAUCAGUACAGAAGCUGCCGAUCAGUACAGAAGCUGCCGAGUACACUAUGGAAUAUCCAUCGCACAAGGCGUCCCAACAAUUGCUUUUCCAUCCGUGAGACCCAGCACCUGA